AUGCUCCAGCCACGGCUGCCUGGACUUGCCGUCUCUCGGCGCGGCUGGCCCCGGCUUUGCUUGAGGGGCGUCGCCGGGCUGGCACCGAGCAUUAGCUACGGUCCUAACGAACCGCCGCUCCUCCCUCACACCAUCCCCGAACACUUUGCCUCGGUCGUCUCCCGGUUCGGGGACCGGCCGGCCGUGAUAAGCCGCUCGCCGACCACGACCCGGGAUGCCGCCCCCGACGAGGGAAUCCCCGAUGCCGCCUGGCCAGCCGCUCGGGAGACCGUCUUGACGUACGAGGCUCUGGAUCUCGUGUCCAACUCGCUGGCCCAUUCGCUGCGCUCCCUCGGCGUUAAGAAGGGCGACCGCGUCGCCGUCGGGUUAGGAAACUGCUCCGAGUUCGCCGCGCUCACCUAUGCCGUCUUCAAGCUAGGCGCCAUCCUGGUCCCCCUAAACCCCGGCUUCAACGCCAACCAGGUCACCGCCGCGCUCACCCACCUGCAGGCCCGCGUCCUCAUCAUCGGCACCGUCACCGACCUCGCCUACAAGCCGUGCCGCGGCCGGAGCAACCUGCCGCUCCUGCAAGCAAUGGUCCCGGACCUCGACGCGUCGUCGCGCAAGGUCCACGCGCCCCACGUCCCCUCGCUCGAGACCGUCAUCGUGCUCGACAACAGCGCGAGCCACCCUCUCGUGUCGUUCCCCUCGUCCGCCCGCUCCCUGACGCCCUUUUCGUCACUCCUCGAAGGCGGUAGCCUGGUUCCGCGGCGCUCGGCCCACUCAGCCCGCGCUGUGACGCCCGACUCGCCGCUGCUGGCCGCCGACACGGUCAACAUCCAGUUCACGUCUGGUACCACGUCGCAGCCCAAGGCCACCAUGCUCUCGCACACCAACAUCCUCAACAACGGCGCCCUCAUCGCCCACCGCAUGGGCCUCGCCCCGGCCGACAGCAUCGUCUGCCCCCCGCCGCUGUUCCACUGCUUCGGCUCCGUGCUCGGCUACAUGGCCACCGCCACCACCGGCGCCGCCCUCCUGUUCCCGAGCCCGGCCUUCGACCCGCUCGCGAGCCUCAAAAUGGCCGCGCACCACCGCGCCACCGGCCUCUACGGCGUCGCCACCAUGUUCGUCGCCAUACUCGAGAUCCUCUCCUCGCCACCCAAAGACGUCUCCCCCGCGAGCGUCCGCGCGCUGCCAACGCACCUGCGCAAGGGCAUCGCCGCGGGCAGCUCGGUCCCGGAAUCGCUCAUGCGCCGGCUGUACGCGUCGCUGGGGCUCGCCGAUCUGGUCAUCUGCUACGGCAUGACCGAGACGGCGCCCGUCAGCUGCAUGACGACGCCCGCGGACCCGUUCGACCGUCGCACUGGCUCCGUCGGCCGCGCCAUGCCGCACACGGCUGUCAAGGUCGUCGACCCGACCGACCGCACCCGCGUCCUCCCGCGCGGCGACCGCGGCGAGCUCGCCGCUGCGGGGUAUCUCGUCAUGCAGGGCUACUGGGGCGACGAGGCGCGCACGCGCGACGUCCGCGUGGCUGACCCCGAGACCGGGACUGUCUGGCUGUACUCGGGCGACGAGGCGCGCAUGGAUGAGGACGGCUACGUCGAGAUUACCGGGCGGAUCAAGGACCUCGUGAUUCGCGCCGGCGAAAACAUCCACCCGCUCGAGAUCGAGAACGUGCUGUUCCAGCACCCGCUCGUCGCCGAGGCGAGCGUGGUCGCGGUGCCUGAUGAGAGGUAUGGUGAGGCGGUGGGUGCGUUUGUGGCCGUGCAUAGGGGUGUUGCUGUCAGGGAUGGGGAGGGGGUGGGAGAGGAAAAGGGGAAGGGGAAGGUUCUGACGAGGAACAUGGUCAGGGACUGGGUGCGCGAUCGCCUCUCGGCGCACCUUGUGCCGAAGCAUGUGUUUUGGUGCGAUGAGUUCCCCAAGACGGCCAGUGGCAAGAUUCAGAAGUUUAAGCUGAGGGAUAGGGCGAGGGAGCUGGUGGCUGAGGCUGCUGCGGCUGGGAACCAGGGAAUAUCGGGCCAUGUGCAUACCUAG